CGCCACCAUCACCACCACCACCAGCAGCAGCAGCAGCCCCUGUGCGUACCCUCCUCAUCAAUAUGCGCUUCAGCUCCUGAAUGUGAGCCUCUCACACAGUCAGAGACGGCAAAGACGAACGGAGCCAGUAUUCUGGACAGUGAGGCGAUGUCAACCCAAAUUUUACACCCGACUCCAUCCACAGCGAGCUGCUGACUUUUUCCGCACCUAACUCGACUUUUUUUUUCUUCUUUAAAGGAGGGAGCGAUCAAUGGAUUUACUCUGGAUUUGAGGGGCAAGACUGAUGAUUGGAGGGAGACUCUUUCUGUUGUGACUGUAAACAGCGCGAUUUUAAUAAUAAAUAAAAGCAAAUUAAAGAAGGGAUUAUGUUUGUUUUGCCGAGGGUUCGUCAAUUUCGCGUCUUGUCCGCGCUGGUUGUCGGUUCGAUUGUGUGCUGCGCAAAAAGCGUCAAUGAACCGGGCAACAUGUCUUUCGUGAAGGAGACGGUGGAUAAACUACUGAAGGGUUACGACAUCCGACUGAGACCAGACUUUGGAGGUCCCCCUGUUGCAGUAGGGAUGAGCAUAGAUGUGGCGAGCAUAGACAUGGUGUCAGAAGUCAACAUGGACUACACAUUGACCAUGUAUUUCCAGCAGUACUGGAGGGACAAGCGUCUAGCUUACGUUGGAAUACCUUUGAACUUGACUCUGGACAACAGGGUUGCUGACCAGCUCUGGGUCCCUGACACCUACUUCCUCAAUGACAAGAAAUCUUUCGUCCACGGAGUUACGGUGAAAAACCGCAUGAUCCGCCUGCAUCCUGAUGGAACCGUCCUCUAUGGACUCAGGAUAACUACAACAGCAGCAUGUAUGAUGGAUCUCAGGAGGUAUCCACUGGACGAACAGAACUGCACCCUGGAGAUAGAGAGCUAUGGCUACACCACAGAUGACAUCGAGUUCUACUGGAAAGGAGGCGACACGGCUGUAACGGGGGUGACGCGCAUCGAGCUGCCACAAUUCUCCAUCGUUGAUUACAAACUGGUGUCCAGAAACGUUGUGUUUUCCACAGGUGCCUACCCGCGACUGUCUCUGAGCUUCAAGCUAAAGAGGAACAUUGGCUACUUUAUCUUGCAGACGUACAUGCCAUCGAUCCUGAUUACCAUCCUCUCCUGGGUCUCCUUUUGGAUAAACUAUGACGCGUCAGCAGCCAGAGUGGCUCUGGGGAUCACCACGGUGCUGACCAUGACCACCAUCAAUACCCAUUUGAGGGAGACGCUACCCAAGAUCCCCUACGUCAAGGCCAUCGACAUGUACCUGAUGGGCUGCUUUGUUAUGGUUUUCCUGGCCCUACUCGAGUACGCCUUUGUCAACUACAUCUUCUUUGGGAGGGGCCCUCAGAUGCAAAAGAAGCUAGCAGAGAAGGCGGAAAAGGCCAACAAUGAAAGGGCGGCCAAGUAUGACGCGGCAAGGGAGGCAGGUAGUAGGACCGCAUCCCUAAAACGGUCCAAUCAAGUUAAGGGUCUUCGCCACUCACGCUCGGCGGAACCACACGGCCAUGGGAACAUCCUGCUAACCACCCUGGAGAUACAUAAUGAAGUGGCAGGAGGUGAAAUCACCACUAGCGUGGCAGACAUUAGGAACUCUCAAUCCAUGGUGCAGCUGGACAGCACGGCCUCGUCGCACAUCCAGUACCGGAAGCAGAGCGGCGGGAUAGGGCCUCGCUCCGCCAGCCGCCACUCCUUGGACCGGUCUGCCCAGAUGAAACGCAGCCGCCUGCGGAGGCGAUCCUCUCAACUCAAAAUCAAAAUCCCAGACCUGACGGAUGUGAAUGCCAUUGACCGCUGGUCACGCAUCAUCUUUCCUUCAGUAUUCUCACUGUUCAACCUCGUCUACUGGCUAUACUAUGUCUGAUUGGACUGUUUUGUUGUUUCUUGUUGUUGUUUGACUUUUUUUUUCAUUUAAUUUGUUUGUCCUAUUUUUUUCUGUUGCUUUUAUACAUGAUGAAAUCUGUCACUUCAAAGACUGCAACACUGCAAGACAAAUGAGAGAAACAGACUUAAAAAAGACUACUAAGUGCUGGACCAACUUCUCAUCUAAAUUGUUUUUAUAUUGCAGUCUUUGAGUCCUUGGCACCCAGGUGUUUUUAUUUUUGAAAGUGUGUACUAUAAUUGGGAUGGUCAUUUCCCAACAAUUGCCCUCUCAGUAGUUUGUAAAUAGAAAGAAAAAAGCCAGCAAAUUUUACAGUAAUAUAGUAUUUGCAGCCAAAAAACAAAGAGCAGAUAAAGCAACAAUUUUUUAAUCAAAGAAAAAGUAUAUAAGAAAACUUUCUACAACACAUGUGGUUCGAUAAGUGCAGGCAAUACAUAAAAAUCCAUUAAACACUGGUACCCUAAACACUGUAAAUGCAUGCAGUGAUCAGCCGUUGAGGAUUUUUUGCCUUCAGUUAUAGCACAACUUUACAGAAACAGGCUGAAACUUCUACUCAAACACAAUAACUUCAAGCUAAGGAUCUCCUCCUCUGUUCAGGAUGAUUGUUGACUCAGGUUCUAAUUUUUUUGAGGAGGGAGCAUCCGUUUCUUAACAAAGAAAGGGGCUUGUUCUGGUCAUUUGAUAAGGAAAAACAGAAAAUAAGCACAAGUUAUGAACAAAAACCACAAUUUUCUUCCAUUUCUACCUUCAAGCAACAUCACUUCUUGUAAUUCCGUGACAGAAUUGCACUCAAAUUUGUGAAAUUUUCUCUAUAAACUCAUAUUUUUUUUUCAUUUAAAACAACUGCCAAGGGCCUUUUUUGGCAACACAGUUACAACUUACCCAUGAAAUAUUAUGAUAUUUUUGUACUCUGUGUCUUCAGGUAUUUGUUUGAUUUCCUAACCUAUGUUGUUUUACUUUGCUCAACACCAGUUCUUUUGUGAUAGGAAGGAGGAAUGAAUCUAAUGUUUGUUUUUGUACAUAAGUACAUAGUUGUGUAUAUACUU